GGCCGCCCGCCCCGCCGCAGUCCGCCGGAGCCGCCGCCGCAGCAGGUCGCGGGCCGCGAUUCCCGGGGCCGUCGCAGGAGCAGAGUUCGGCUCUCCGCGCCUGUGCUGUAGUCCGCCCUGGCCUCCUCCUGCCCGCGGUCCGCUGGCCGGGGCCGGCUGACCAGCUUGCCCUCCGGCUCCGAACCGAGGCUCGGCGGCCGCCGCAGGGACCCGCCCGCCAGAGCCUCCCCGGGGCCGCGCGUCUGCCUGCUGGGGCCCUGCCGUUGAUGACACCUGGCGGGAGGCUGCCAUGGAGGGGGACGGCUCAGACUCGCUGGUGACCAUUAAGAAUAUCGAAAGAGAGCUCAUUUGCCCGGCAUGCAAGGAGCUGUUCACCCACCCGCUGAUUCUCCCUUGUCAGCAUAGCAUCUGUCAUAAAUGCGUGAAGGAGCUCUUACUGAUGCUUGAUGAUUCGUUCAAUGACGUGGGGUCUGACAACUCCAAUCAGAGCAGUCCCCGACUUCGGCUUCCCUCCCCUAGCGUGGAUAAAAUUGACCGAAUUAGCAGACCAGCAUCACAACGGAGAUCUUUGGGGUGGAGAGGCUGGAAGCGCAAUUCACUGACCCCUAGGACAACCACUUUUCCUUGUCCUGGCUGUGAGCAUGAUGUGGAUCUUGGAGAGCGGGGAAUCAAUGGUCUGUUUCGAAAUUUCACUUUGGAAACUAUUGUUGAAAGAUAUCGGCAGGCAGCCAGGGCAGCCACAGCCAUUAUGUGUGACCUUUGUAAGCCACCACCUCAAGAAUCCACAAAAAGUUGCAUGGACUGCAGUGCAAGCUACUGCAAUGAAUGCUUCAAAAUUUACCAUCCUUGGGGCACUGUAAAAGCGCAGCAUGAGUAUGUGGGUCCAACUACGAACUUCAGACCCAAGAUUUUGAUGUGCCCAGAGCAUGAAACAGAGAGGAUAAACAUGUACUGUGAAUUGUGCAGGAGGCCAGUCUGUCAUCUCUGUAAGUUGGGUGGGAAUCAUUCCAAUCACCGUGUAACCACCAUGAGCAGUGCCUACAAAACCUUAAAGGAGAAGCUUUCAAAGGAUAUUGAUUACCUUAUUGGCAAGGAGAGCCAGGUGAAGAGUCAAAUUUCUGAGCUAAACUUGUUGAUGAAAGAGACAGAGUGUAACGGAGAGCGGGCUAAAGAAGAUGCAAUUACACAUUUUGAAAAGCUCUUUGAAAUCCUAGAAGAGAGGAAAUCAUCUGUUUUGAAGGCAAUUGAUGCUUCUAAGAAACUAAGAUUAGACAAAUUUCAGACUCAAAUGGAAGAGUACCAGGGGCUGCUGGAGAACAAUGGGCUGGUGGGGUACGCUCAGGAGGUGCUGAAGGAGACGGAUCAGUCUUGCUUUGUCCAGACGGCAAAGCAGCUCCACGUCAGAAUACAGAAAGCUACAGAGUCUUUGAAGAGCUUUAGACCUGCGGCUCAAACUUCUUUUGAAGACUAUGUUGUUAACACAUCUAAACAAACAGAACUUCUUGGAGAAUUAUCUUUUUUCUCAAGUGGUGUAGAUGUGCCAGAGAUCAAUGAGGAACAGAGCAAAGUUUAUAACAACGCUUUGAUAAAUUGGCACCAUCCAGAAAAGGAUAAAGCUGAUAGCUAUGUCCUUGAAUAUCGCAAGAUUAAUCGAGAUGAAGAAAUGUUGUCUUGGAAUGAGAUAGAAGUUUGUGGCACAAGUAAAGUUAUUUCCGAUCUUGAGAGUAAUUGUAACUAUGCUUUCAGAGUAAGAGCCUACAAGGGUUCCAUCUGCAGUCCUUGCAGCAGAGAGCUGAUUCUUCAUACUCCUCCAGCUCCAGUUUUCAGUUUCCUCUUUGAUGAAAAAUGCGGCUAUAAUAAUGAACACCUCCUGCUGAACUUGAAGAGAGACCGUGUGGAGAGCAGAGCUGGGUUUAACCUCCUGCUUGCUGCGGAGCGGAUCCAAGUGGGUUAUUACACCAGCUUAGACUACAUCAUUGGAGAUGUUGGGAUUACUAAAGGGAAGCACUUUUGGGCCUUCCGUGUGGAGCCGUAUUCGUACCUGGUGAAAGCGGGCGUCGCUUCCAGUGACAAACUGCAAGAAUGGCUCCGGUCUCCCCGGGACGCAGUUAGUCCAAGGUACGAGCAGGACAGCGGGCACGACAGCGGCAGCGAGGACGCCUGUGUUGAUUCUUCGCAGCCCUUUACGUUGGUUACUAUAGGUAUGAAGAAAGUCUUUAUUCCCAAGUCACCUACUUCCAACGAACCUGAAAAUAGAGUCCUUCCCAUGCCAACAAGCAUAGGAGUUUUCCUCGACUGUGAUAAAGGCAAAGUGGCUUUCUAUGACAUGGAUCACAUGAAAUGCCUCUACGAGCGCCAGGUGGACUGCUCCCAUAUGAUGUAUCCAGCGUUUGCCUUGAUGGGCAGUGGAGGAGUCCAGCUCGAAGAAUCCAUCUCAGCAAAGUACCUAGAAUACCAGGAGAACAUGUAGUCUACGCAUUUGGUGUGAUUUAGGAUGAAGAAUGAGCAGAAUGCUGCCUCGGUGUUACCUUUGUAACUAAUUAUAUAUCAUCUGAGUGUUGUGUCACCACACUUAUUUUUUGUGUAUGUUUCUUCUUCAAACACAGAAAACCUAAGCAGCCUUUCUGCCUUUCACAAAUGCUGGGGAGAGACGUUCUUUCCUAGUUAACACUGAGAUGGGUGACUGGACUUUCUUUUUUAUGCACAGGAAAUCUAAUUUAUUUGUAUCAGCUUGUGUUGCUGUUACUUAGACAUUCCUUGUUUUGGGCUGGGGGGAAGGGAUCCAAAAGUAUUUAUUACUCUUCUUUUGGGUUUGGUUUUUCAUUUUUGUAUCAUGUUUAUGUCCUCAGAGGAGAUAUUUUUUAAAUGCCUUAUGGAUAGGAAGUAGUACUAAGCAUGGUGUUGUGCAUUUGUUUUUAAUAGGAAAACAAAGGUAUAGAUAGAUAAAAUGAAAAAGGCCAUAGAAAUAGUAGUAUAUUUAAAUGGAAAAUUAUGUAUUUAAGAAUAUAUUGCCUAGAAAAUGAAUACUACUGUUUGUUCUUUUCUGAGACCACAGACUGUAAGGACAUUUUAAAGAGUUUUCUUGGCUGGUAAUGCCCGUACUUGCAUGUGUAAGAAAUAUGGUUUAUCGCAGGAAACACAGAAUUCUUGGCUAACACAUGAAGCUUUUCACUUUGUAUGAUUUUUUGGGAAAUUUUUUUCUUCAAUUUUUUUUUUUUUUAGUUACUCUGUGAGCAUAUUUGAGCUUAUAUCAAAUACUUAUUUUUCAUAAAUACUAGUGACAAUAAUGAUGCCAUUCUUUUGCUUUUUGUGUCUUGUAAUUUUCAUUUUGGGACACAAACAUUACAUAUCAGAUUGUCUUGGUUUAUGUUUACAUGUUUGAAAACUUCACAGUAUAUUUUCAGUGUCAUUAAAUAUAUUAUAAAAUGUGAAGUAGCUAUCUGGUCAGUUGUAUGGCAUUUUCUCUGGCUCAUUGGUAAUAAGCAUUUAUUCUAUAAGGAAAUAAAAGUAUAGAUUUGUUUAGAAAUAAUAACUGAAAUCAUAAUGACUGUGUAUACCCUUCUUAAAAGUCGAACGUUCUUUGAAGAAUUACAUUUUAUCUAAAUUUUAUCCUCAUUUUUGAAGGAUACUCUUUUUUGGGUGGUUUUAUUUAAACUGGUUAGUUUUUUUUAAAGUUAGAGUAUUCAGGAACUAGACUGUUAAGUAUAUUUAGCGUUAAUCAUUUCGGAAUUCUUUUGAUACAUUUUAAUUGACUAACCAAAACUCUUAGCUCUGGCUUUUUUGUUGUUGUUAUGUACAUAUAUUAAUGGAAAUCUGUUAUUCAGGUUGGUAGCACUAAAUUCGUACCUUUUCCCCCAGACCCAGGAAGGAAAUAUCAUGGAGAGUUUCAGUGUUGAGUAAGCUUUGUUUCCCACCUGUGAAUAGCACUUUAUGACAUAGGCUGAACUAAACAAAUAUGCAGUGUUACGUGGAUCGUUGUGCAAUAAAGCUGCUAACGUCACA